AUUACUUAAACACACUUAGAUACUCGUCCGAGAUGUUUAUUUAAUUCAUUGCCGAUGAUUUUUUUAAUACUUAAAUAGUGAUUUUUUUCAUGUUUGUACAUGUUUGAAUUUUCUUAACUUACUGUAUGAUAUUAUACAUUUUGAUGAAGCUAAUAGUCUACGCGUAGAAAUUGUUUUGUAAAAACGAAAAACAAAAAUGGCUUCAGACGAAAUUGUGCAACUCCCAAAAGGUUUUUUGCUCGGUACUGGAUCUAGCGCUUACCAAGUCGAAGGAGGGUGGGAUGCUGACGGUAAAACCCCAAGUAUUUGGGAUACAUUUUUCCACAGUGGACUGAAUGAAAAAGUUGAUUUUGUCAACCCACAUGGCAAAAUACAAAAAUUUAAAGAUAAAACCGUCAAUGAAAUUAAAGGAGUAGGGCAAAGUGUCGUCAAACAAGAGAUGGUUGAGAUAAAAUCGAUUUUUAAAGGAUUUCAUAUUCUAAAAAAAAAAAACUCAUCACUUAUGGCAAUCAAAAAUCUUUACACUAAAGAUGACGGUGGCAUGAUUGCGUGUGAUUCAUAUCAUAAAACAGAUAUAGACGUCCAACUUCUGAAAGAUCUUGGUGUUCAAGUGUACAGGUUUUCAUUAAGCUGGCCAAGACUUUUGCCACAUGGAGAUGAUUAUUUUUACAACGAUAAAGGAAUAGCAUAUUACAAAAACUUAAUACAAAAACUACUCGAUAACGGAAUUGAACCAUUGGUAACUAUUUAUCAUUGGGAUCUACCAGAAGGCCUUCAAAAACUAGGUGGAUGGGCAAACACAAAUAUUAUUAGAUAUUUCACAAAUUAUUGCAAUUUCGUGUUUGAAACGUUUGGUGACAAGGUGAAAUAUUGGUCCACGAUCAAUGAACCAAGGUUGGUAGCUGAAGCUUAUGCUGGAUCCCAUUCAGCUCCUGCAUUAGGCGAAUAUUAUAGCGGUAUUGUAGAUUACAUGGUUGUUCAAAACUUAUUGCUCGCCCAUGCUUAUGCAUACAAAUUGUACAACGAUAAAUACAGAGGAAAACAACAAGGUCAAAUCAGCUUGUGUGUAGAUACUGUUUGGUUCUUCCCGUACGAUCGAAACAAUGAGGAACACAAGAGAGCAGCUGAACUUGCAUUUCAGUCAUUUGUUGGCAUAUUUAUUCAGCCUCUAGUGACGGGCGAGUAUCCGGAAAACGUGGUAAAAUCUGUUAAUGAAACGAAUAAACAGUUGAACAAAAAAAUAUGGCGGAUUUUUCCUUUCACAGAACACGAAAAAGAACUCCUUAAAGGGGCUUAUGAUUUCAUUGCUUUUAACUAUUAUUUCUCAUGGUAUGCAAAACCAAUGUCUUCGGAAAAAGAUAAAACCCUAAAAGAACAAGACCUCAGGGUUGACAUAAUGGAUAACGACGGUCUUUACAAUCCAAAUGAUAUCAACGAGGGCUUCAGAAAUGUGCUCUAUUGGUUCGAUAAAGUUUUAAACCAUCCAAAGAUCUUCAUAUGUGAAAAUGGAUUUCCCGAAUCCGAGGGCGAGGACAAAUCUUUAGAGAAAAAACAAUUUCAUUAUAAUAUGUUAUACGAGGUGUACCAAGCGAUUAAAAAGAAAAAUAUCAACGUUUUUGGCUAUUGUGUGUGGUCUUUCAUGGACUCUUUGGAAUGGGGUGGCGGAUACAAAAUUAAAUACGGCAUCUAUGGCGUAGAUUUUAAGGAUCCAUCAAGACCUCGUUAUAAAAAAGAAAACAUUUUCACCUUUUUCGAAAGAUUGUUCAAAACAAAAACAUUGCCGCCUCCAGAAAUUGAAUAAUACUUAAAUUAUUUUUACCCUUUUUAUUCUUCUUUAAUACUUUUAUUAUAUUACUGUACUGCUUAAAUACUAAAAGUUGUGAGUAUUUUAGACAUAAAGAGUCUAUAUUCAUUAUUAAUCAUUCGGGUUGUAUUUGAAUU